AUGAAGAUAAAGGAAAUCGACGCCACAUCGGUGAUCGCCUGGAGUUCCGACGGGAUCCCGCUUCUAGCCACCGGCCUGAUGGCCGGAACCGUCGACUUCGACUCGUCCACGUCCGCAACGCUCCAGAUAUGGAACUCGGUCGGCCUGCCCCAAGACGGCCCCGUGUUCAGCGCAGAAGUCGAGCAUCUGUUCCAUUCGUUGGCGUGGCUGAGACCGCUUGAGGGCCAUACCCAUGGUAUUUUGGUCGGCGCCACGGACGACGGCAUUGUGCACUUCUGGGACGUGAAGGCACUCUUCGACACCCAGUCGUUGCAGAGCGCGACCAUCCACAAGCAUCCCGUCAAUGCGGCCGUGAAAUGCAUGCAGUUCAGUCCGUUGGUGCCCACACAGUUGGCCACGGGUGGUCUGGACGGACAGGUGCUCGUGUGGAACGUGCAGACGUUUGCCGCCCCCGAGAGCCUGGGCAAAGCCAUGUCUCCACAGGGCGACAUCACUCUGGUGGCCUGGAACAACUCGCGUAACUUUGUGUUGGCAUCGACCAGUUCUCUGGGCUACACAAGCAUCUGGGACUUGAACAAGAAGAAAGAGGUCAUGCAGUUGCUGUACAGCGGGCCUGAGGGCAGAGCCGAGUUCUCGGCUUUGGCCUGGCACCCAACCGAGCUGACCAAGUUGGCCACCGCCUCUCUGAGCGACUCGUGCCCACUCAUCAUGACAUGGAACAUGCGUACCAGCCAAGAGCCUGAGAUCAUCUUGCGCGGCCACACCAAGGGUGUCUUGAGCUUGGAUUGGUGCGCCCAGGACCCUAAUUUGUUGCUUUCGGCCGGCAAGGAUAACCGUGCCCGCUUGUGGAACCCUGUUCUGGGUAUCAAGUUGGGUGAGUACCCAACCACUGCCAACUGGGUUUCUCUGGCCCGCUUCGCUCCUCGUGCCCCAGAUGUGUUUGCUACUGCUUCUUACGGUGGUAAAGUCAUAGUCCAAACCUUGCAGGACACUUCUCCACCGGUUUCAGAGACUGUCCAAACCAACGAUGACAAUGAAUUCUGGUCUAGCGUCAGUAAUGUUGAAACUCAACAGGCCAAGUUCGAUGUCACACAGGCUCCUGCCUGGUUGAAGAGACCCAUCAGCGCUUCUUUCGGAUUCGGGUCGAAAUUGGCUGUCGCAAGAAACUUUGGCGGCAGGUCCAUCGUAGAGAUCAAGAAAAUCGAUGCUUCUCAAGGCAAGUCCUUGGACACCGAGGAGUUGAGCAACGCUCUUCAAACAAACAAUUGUGCUUCCAUUCUCACCACCAGGCUCCUGAACCCUGCCCCUGACAGUGCUGAUUGGGAUCUCUUGAAUAGAUUGGAUUCCGGUGGAAAGCAAAAUUUCCUUGAGCAGAUGCUCGGCCUUAAGAAAGAGACAGAGUCCGAGAGUAACAGAAUUGACGACUUCGUAGACGAUGACGAAGACUUUUUCUCAAACUUGUCCAAUGACGCCUCGAAGCAGGCUGCACCUCCUUUCCUCCCUACAGGCCAAUUUUCUCUUCCUCAAAGCUCGGACUCUGAGCCAGACUCGGAGUUGGCCAAGCUUUUGUUGAAUAACAAGGUCACUCAAGCGAUCGACGCUUGUUUGCAGCUGGGCAAGUUGCAAGAGGCUUUGAUUUUAGCUCUCGAUCAAGACGACUCCGUCAAGCAAAAGGUGAAGAAUACCUACUUCCAACAGGCUGGCAACUCUGUCUUGUCUCGCUUGAUCUUUUCUGCUUCUUCAAAAGACAUUUCUGACGUCAUCAAGAAUGCAACUCUCUCUAAUUGGAAGGAUAUCGCUGGCAGCAUCCUGGCAUACUACUCAACCGACAGCAAGGAUUUCAACGACAAAUUCGUGGAGUUGGGUGACAGAGUUUUAUCCGACAGCAAUGACAAAGCUUCCCGCGAUAAUGCCUUGUACUGUUACUUAGCUGGUCUGGCUCUUGAUAAGGUUGCAUACAUUUGGCUUAAGGAGUUGUCAACAAUUGAAAAUGAGCUUCUCAGCACACCUGGUAAUGACGUGUCGAACCUGUUUGAUGCUCGCUACAUGGCUUUGAACAUUUUCGUUCAAAAAGUGAUAGUUUACAGAUCCAUUUUGGAUGUCAGUGGACCUGUUUCUGGUGCAGCCAUUGAGCCCAUUUGUAAAGCAAUCGCCGACUUCGCCUCAAUGACAACCUCUAAUGGUGAUUUCGAGCUCGCAUCGAGAUUGAUGGCGCUUUUGCCAGAUGAUUUCAACGGGGUUAAAGCUGAGAAAGAGCGCAUUGCUCAAGCACUCAAGCCUAGUGUUUCGCAGAAUAAAUUUGGCCGCGGUCAAAAUGGUUACCAAAGCAAUGGGCUUGCUCAGCAGAGCCGAUAUGCUGCAGUCAACCCUGCAGUUCCAGCCUCCAAUUCGUACCCUGUUAACUCUCAACAUAAUGUUCCCGUAAGAAAUGUUUCGGUACCCGCAACGCGGACAGCUGGUAGAACUUCGGUAGACCAUGGUUCUGCUUACAGACAAGCCUCUUUUGCAACUUCUGCAGCAAGACCAGCUGUUGUUAACCCCACUACUUCGUACUAUGGAGUCGCACCUACGAACAACUAUGGAUAUGGAGCAGGCGCUGCUCAACCACAAGCAUAUCCAUACGGACAAGCUAGUACGCCUGCAAACAGCUACACCCCACAGCAACCAAUUGGUGGUCCCAUCGAAGCUCCUAUUCCACAAGCUAGCUCGAAACACAAGACGGAUACCGAUGGUUGGAACGACUUGCCUGAUGCUUUCAAAGCCACCGCAAAGCCUCCACCUCGUCGUACUCCUGCUCCAGCCACGCAGCAAGUAACACCUCCUGCUGUUAUCGAACCUGCUAAUAUGCCCCCACCACCACCUGCUAGAUUAACGACUCCGGGCCCACCACCCAUGAGCGCUAACCAAGCCAUCAGUAGAAGGGCCUCGCUGACUGUUGCUGCUGCACCAUUUAGCACGGCAACACGUCCUGAGCCAGCAAACAGCAAAUAUGCACCUUCUGUCACCUCUCCACCUCCAAUGCCACUGGCUGGCCCUAGACCAGGAGCUUUUGAUGCACCCGCCAUCCCACAGCCACCAAAGGUGACUGCACCACCAAAAAAUCCAUACGCCCCUAGUCCACAGGCAGCAACUCCACCCAGCAUUCCAAGCCAGCCGGUAAACGUGGGUGCCCCACCUAGACCAGGGCAGGCGGCUGUUUCGCAACCAAACCCUUAUGCUACAAAUGCACCUGUGCAAAGACUGGUUGCUCCGGCAGCAAAUCCAUAUGCUAUGCCAAAUAACAACGGUCCAACUCCGAUGGCAAUGGCCGCCCCUCAACCACCAUCAUUCCCUCCUCAACCAAACUCCAUCAGCAGGAACUCAUCUCAAAGCAAUUUUGCUCCACCCAAAGCUCCUGUGAACCCCUACGGAGGUGUGAGCAACACUCCUCCAAAUCAGAUGGCUGCACCCCCAAUUCCUGGUCCUCCAAGAGGUCCUCAAUCUAGGAACCCUUCCAAUGCAUUUUUGCCCCCUAGCAAUCCUGCUGCAUCUCCAAGUGUUCCUUCGUCUCCCGGAAAACCUCCCUCAAGAUAUGCGCCAACUCAAGCGCAACAGCAAGCACCUCCUCAACCAAGUGGACCACCCCCUCCAAGAGCUCCAUCCCAGAUGCAAGGACCACCAGCCGUGGCAACCCCUAGAAUGGGACCAGCAUCCAUGCCUCCUCGCUCGAGAGCUGCUUCUACUCACUCUGUUAUGAGCCAAGCGGCAGCACCACCUAAUGGCCCACCCUCUCCUUUACAACAAUUGUUUACACCACUAGUGGAUGAAAUCAAAAAGAUUGCACCCGAAAAGUACAGUAAACAUGUCGUUGACAUGGAGAAAAGAUUCAAUCUUUUGUACGCCCAACUCCAAAGACCCAACUUUAACGAGGAAACAAAGGACAAUUUGAACAGGAUUGCUGAGGCCGUCAGAGCCAAGGACUAUCCUACCUGUCACUCGACUCUUGACAAGGUUCUAGCAGCCCAUGCAAAGGAAACAUGGACCGUAGGUGUCAAGAGACUUGUCAAUAUGAGAGAGGCAUUAAAAGACCAACUUGCUUAG